GGGACUUGGGAGGGAAGAAGAUCUCGUUGCCUCUAAGCCAUGAAUCGUCGUAAUCGUGGCUAUUCUUCUUCUACUUCUAGGGUUUCGAAUACUUAUGGGAAUCGCCAGACCUCUGAUAACCCAAGGACUGGAUCCGGCGGCGGAGCUAGUGAUUCCUUUCGGAGAAGAUCCGAUGCACCACUCAAACGAAACAAUGAUGAAGACGAAUCAAACAAUAAGGAAGGAGAUUCUGCUGACGUUUCCUUCAUCGUAGGAACUUGUUCCUCUAUGUGCCCAGAGAGGGAAAGAGUCACAAGGGAACGCCUGCGUGAUCUUGCAGUGUUUGAGAGGCUUUAUGGAAACCCCUCAAAAUCAUCCACAGAUCUAGCUGUCAAAAAGUUUUGUAGAACUCUUUCAGCAGCGGAUGUUCAGGCAUCAGAUGACAAGGUCUAUUAGACAAGAUCUUAGCAUCCAGAAUUUAGCCAAUGAGAGAGUGAUCUACCUCUACGAGGAAAUGGUUAAAUUUCAUGUCAUAUCUCACAAGAGGCUUCAGAGUUGUAGUGGAAACCGGACUAUAUCUACGAAAAUGAAGCCGAGUUCCGCUCACUCUAUGUGCUGCUUCAUCUCAAUCCCAGUAGUGGAGUGAUGGUUGUUUCUCUGUUUUCUUUACCCUUAAUUGAUUCGUUACCAUGCCACCUUCUUUUUGCCAUUAAUAUAUUUGAGAUUUUGAU